CUCUCUAUUGCGCACCUGAUUUACACUGUGAACACGGAAGUGAAACAACUUGUUGCCCAAAAUUCAGUCAUUCAUCUACACAAACAUGAGUGUCUCAGAUAUAAUCUUUAUCGGGCUUGUGUCAUUAUUAGUUCCAGUUUCGGCGCUGGAUAAUGGACUGGCUUUAACUCCCACCAUGGGCUGGUUGCACUGGGAGAGAUUCAUGUGCAACACCGACUGUGAUGCGGAUCCUCAGAACUGCAUUAGAGAGGAGCUGUUCAUGGAGAUGGCAGACAUGAUGGUGAAAGAAGGAUGGAAGGAUGCUGGAUAUGAGUUUGUGUGUAUUGAUGAUUGCUGGCCAUUGCACGAGAGAGACGCCCAGGGGCGUCUGCAGGCCGACCCAAAGAGGUUUCCCAGUGGAAUCAAAAAACUGGCAGAUUAUGUCCACGCCAAAGGUCUGAAGCUAGGAAUAUAUGCAGAUGUUGGCACAAGCACGUGUGCAGGCUUCCCUGGGAGUUUGGGUCAUUAUGAAAUCGAUGCAAAAACCUUUGCAGACUGGGGCGUGGAUCUGUUAAAAUUCGAUGGAUGCUACAUGCCUGACUGGCAUCAACUAGGAGAAGGUUAUGUAAACAUGUCGAUAGCUUUAAACCAGACAGGCAGAAGUAUUGUAUACUCCUGUGAAUGGCCAUUAUAUGAGUGGCAACACCAACAGCCUGACUAUGAGGCAAUUCGCAAGACCUGUAACCAUUGGCGGAACUAUGGAGAUGUUUAUGACCAGUGGACCAGUGUGAAGAGCAUCCUGGACUGGACAGCUGAUCAUCAGAAGAUCCUGGUUCCAGUGGCAGGACCAGGUGGAUGGAAUGACCCUGACAUGCUGAUCUUAGGGAACUUCGGCCUGAGCCACGAUCAGCAGCAGACUCAGAUGGCUUUGUGGGCGAUCAUGGCUGCCCCACUUCUCAUGUCCAACGACCUGCGAAACAUUUGUCCUAAAGCCAAAGAACUGCUGCAGAACAAACAGAUCAUUGCCAUCAACCAGGACCCUUUGGGCAAGCAGGGCUAUCGUACUAUAAAGGGUGACAGUUUUGAGGUGUGGGAGCGGCCCUUGUCAAGCAACAGGCUGGCCGUGGCAGUGAUGAAUAGACAGGAGAUUGGUGGUCCACGCAGAUUUAUCAUUUCUGUGGCGACGAUGCCUAGUUGGCAGCUCUGCAACCCGAAGUGCAAUGUAACGCAGAUCCUGCCUGUCUACAAGGAAAUGGGUGUCCAGAAUCUCUUUUCAGAGGUGACGGUCCAAGUCAAUCCUACAGGCACAACACUUCUCACUGUCAGCCCUAUCAAAAGCAAUCCUUAUGACAUCCUGUGACAUGACUUGGAAAGUAAAACUUUCCAAAGAAAUGGGAAAUUUAGUAUUGCACUGAUGUGAGCGAGUUGAACUUCCUGAUGUUUUUUAUUAAGACUUUUUCCUUUUGAAUACUAAUGUUGAAUCAAAUUUUUACAUUUUUAAAAGUGCACACUAGGGAAUAAAAAUUUGAAGUUGUGGUAGUGCAUCAUUUUACUGUAAUUCAGAAAGCACUCUAAAACUUUAACUCUAAAAAUGCAGUUUACACUCUACACACCUGUAUUACCUAUGUUUGCAGUUCACUACAGAAACGUAUCAUAAUUCAUCCAUCAUCAUUUUACUUCACUGUGAUAACUUACAAUGUGUUUAAAGGUUGCACUGCCAUUAGAAUACAUAAAGACUGUCAGGGAUUUUACAGAUCAUUUGGCAACUGAUGUAUUGUUCUGAAAUAGAUAUAAUUGAUCUGAAAUCAAUUUUUAUGUAAGUUACUAUAAUGUGAUGUGCACAUUAUGCUCAAUAUUAAAUAAAUAUGCUGGUGAAGCUGUA